AUGAUCCAAGAAAGAGAUGGUCGUAUCUCUUUGUCCGUGUUUCAAGUGGCCCUCAGGAACCUUUACGAUCUACUUGUGCGGUUUUCCGAAUCUACAAUACAAUGGCAAAUGGAAGACUAUCCGAAUUACGAAUAUAGUGAAUUAGUCGGGUGUCGGUAUGAAUCAAAUCGGUGUACAUCGGCACUUGCCAGUACAGAAUGCGAAUCGCCGGUUAACUAUAAAAUCGAAUAUCGUGUGUCGUACAGCGUGGCUUACGAAGUGCCCAUUCUCAUGGUACGAGUACAAACAUUUUCCGGGUGUAUUUUGUCCAUCGAUGGCCUGUGGGAUCAACUAGUACAAUCAAAUUUUGGUUCGGUUGCGGAUGAUGGUACCGUUUUGCAGGCAGGUUUUAGUCAAAUCGAACACCCGUACCUGGGAAUACCGUACUAUCAGUUUCACCCAUGCAGGACUGCCGCAUUAAUGCAGCAAGCGUUCUCCAUGGCGUAUUGUUCAUCGGAAAUCAGUGGAGUGAAGUAUUUAACCUUAUGGCUUUCGCUUAUCGCCACACCAUUGGGAUUAGUAUUACCAAAGGAACUGGCUUUAAACGAGUUGGAACGUAACAGUGGUUCUUUGACUUCGGUUCACGGUGAUCACGUACGUUAUCCCUCCGAAUUGACGUUCUUAUGGCGCUACAACGACAUGAAUACAGUGAUUAGUCUUUUAUUGUUCAUUUGCUUUCUUAUUCUUUCCCGAAAUAAAUUCGGUUUUUUAAUGUUAAACACAGUCACAUGGAAAGAAGGGUACGUGUUAUGA